AUGAAGACCUCACUUCUGCUUCAGUUUGUCGCUCUAGCUGUCCGCGUCGUCCUGGCAGAUAUCCCUCCGGCAUGCCUUCUCAGCGCAGUCAACACACAAGACCAACCGGGCAACCUCUCGUCCAUUUGUGGGAAUGAGGCGACCGACGUGCAAAAGGCGAUUGCUAGCAUGUGCAGCGGCAACGCCGUGUCGGUGGCACAGUCCGCGUUCAUUUCGACUUGCUCUGUUGCGGGUUCUUCAGUCGCUCCCUACACAGCAUCGUCUUCUUCAAACAAAACAAGUCACACCUCAACCGCGGCCGGCACGUUCGUCUACACCACCGCUGUCUACAACUCCGACUGCAGCUGUACCACGACGAUCGUCACCUCCGCUACCACCGGCGCCGCUGUCUCGACUGGUCUCGCAAGCGCCACGCCUACAGGUGGCAGCAGUGGUGCUUCCGGGUCUAAUUCAGCAGGGGGCACAUCAGCGACCGGCAACGCCGCCGCAGACAACAAGCAAGUGGGAAGCUUUGUCGCCGCUGUUAUCGCCAUUGCCGGUGUUGUUGCAGUCUUGUAA